UAACCAUGACUGCGCACAGUUUGAAAGCCUCGAGCAUUGCUCUACUAUCGCUAUCGUUCGCGCUACUGAUCGACGCAACGUUCAUUACGAUCCGUGAGGUUGACUUCAAGAACAAUGCGGACUACGCCAAGGUUUUCAUCGUGCUUCGAAACGGAACUGAUCAGCUGCGAGGUAACACAAUGGUCGAUAUCGACGCCUUGGUCUUUCAGAACAUCUCCGAUGGGCUACAAGUACGCAUAGAUCUGGCUUCCAAGAUUGGCGCCGACUAUGUUACGAUGCUCGACUCCAGCGUCGAUGUGUGCAGUUUGAAUACAUCGGCAACCGAUGGUAUGCUGAUGGAAUUGAUGGUCAGCGAAAUGAAUAAAUACGGCAACAUCAGUAUUAGUUGCCCAUUCAAUUCGGGCAAUUACAUGGCUCGUAACUUCCAUAUCGACACCGAUAAUAUGCUGAUAAAGUUUGCGCCACCCGGCGACUACCGUGUAGGAAUCGACGUCAAACACAAAACGGACGGAAGUUCGAUUGCGAUACCGAUCUUUGAUAUGGAGUUUUACGCUACCAUCGCUGGGGGUUCUGAAUAA